CCAGAAUAUUUUCCUCGCCCUAAACGCUGAUCGCUAAAAUUGUCUUAAAGCCUUCAAGUCAUGCAGUCAUGCAUGGAAAGCUAUUUCCAUUCAAAGCACGACCCUGCCUCCUCGAGUGCAUUAACACCGUCUCAACGUCGCAACCUUUCACAGAGCCGCCUUCCGUCGAACCGACAGUCACUUGUCUACGGCCUAAAGCCAAUAGGAGUCCGAGCCACGCUUUCAGUUUAUAAAAACGCAGCAAGCCGCGACCACUCUUGACAGACGCACGCUGUGUUUUGUUUAUCGGAUACUCCGCCAGUGCGAGCCACAGGGCACAGUGAAUCAAGGGGUGCCUUGCAACUUGCAACCCCGAACAGUUAUUCGACUGUUUGAAUUUUCGAGCGAAGGGUGCCGACGCGAUAGCGUAGACGGUUGGUCGGUCUUGUGUUACGAUAUUGUGAAAGUACUUGAGAAACGAAUCGAUUUUGAUCCGGAUUUUUGAUAACGUCGUAGCGGAAAGUGUUAUAUCGCGGAACUUUGAAUUCAGCAUAAUAGAUCUGAAACUUGCUUAGUGGCAAGUUCGUGCAACGAAAGAAAUUAUAUGAUUUUUGCUUGUGCACCUUUAUCAAUGCAGACUGAUUCGAUAUAUCAGUAGUAAUUUCUGAUAGAAUGACUUGUUGAAUAGAUUGGACAUAACAAGUGAAAAAAUGGUGAAUUUGUGUGGAAUUUUCAUAAGUUGGACUAUGGAGAGUGUGUUGGAGUUUACCAUUUUCCUUGGUUUUUUAUACUGGGCUUUUCCCGGGCUGUUUUCCGAAGGAUUCUUGAGGGUGAACAAGAUGGUGGACGUGGUGACCGCAAGGGUAUUUGACACAUACAACAGAUAUUCUCCUUUGAACAACAAUCAAAACGAAUCUUUGGCGAGCUUGAGCACAUUGAAGAGGUUUUCCAAAGACCAGAGGUUGAAGAAGAUUCUUAGUAGAGAAGCAGACCAAAAGGCCCGAGAUGCUCAACUGUUUGACAUCAAAGAAAAUCAUCCAGACGUUCAGCUUACUAGGAAAAGGCCAUUCAUGGGUCUAAGUUGUCAAAACUGCGUCUUGACGAGUAGGGAGUCGCUGGUGAGUCGCACCACAGAAUCAUUAGCCCUCCGAAACAUCCUGGACUAUCAGCUACCUCAAAACAAAAACGGCCUUCUCCAAAGAACGCUCUCUCACUUUUAUCAAGUAUACGAACUGAAAAAGUACGACUUUCCGCAAGUAGCUGAUUUGGUACUCAAAGAUGACAGGCUCAAAAAAGCAGUUGAAAAAAUGGCGCUGCAACAGUUCAAGGACUCUGAUAGUAAUGAAGAAAAGUAUUAUCAGGAGCUGGUGGAUCGAAAUGGGAAACGGGCAAGGAAGUUGCUAUAUGAUAUGAGGUCCACGUUGUCGGAUUUUCUUUUGAGGUUUACGUCAUGGGUUCUGUACAAACUGCUCCCCUGCUUCUUGACGUCGGUAGUGGUGCAUCCAGGACAAGUGGAAAUGUUGAAAAAAGCAGGGAAUUCCAAUCUUCCGUUGAUAUUUCUUCCAUUGCACAGAUCGCACUUGGACUACAUUUUAAUUUCAUUUAUUUUGUUGAACAAUGACAUCAGAUCGCCAUUGGUUGCUGCUGGGGAUAACUUAAGGAUACCUUUCUUCGGGUCCUUGUUACGUGGUCUAGGAGCGUUUUUCAUCAAACGCCGCGUUGACCCCGUUCAAGGUCACAAAGACCUUGUGUACAAAGCGGUCCUCCAUACGUAUAUGAACUACUGCCUGAGAGCUGGACAUAACAUGGAGUUCUUUCUGGAAGGAGGCAGGACGAGGACCGGGAAGCCUUGUAUGCCUAAAUAUGGGAUUCUGAGCGUUAUUGUAGAGACCUUCUUGGAUGGGACGAUAGAGGACGCUCUCCUGGUACCGGUCAGUGUAAACUACGAGAAGUUGGUGGACGGUAAUUUUGUGAGAGAGCAACUGGGACAGCCAAAAGAAAUGGAAACAUUCACUGGCGCCAUGAAAGGCAUUUGGCAUGUCCUCAACAGUAAUUAUGGGAUGAUGAGGAUCGAUUUUAAUCAGCCAUUUUCGUUAAGGGAAUUGGUAAAGACGUUCAACACAAGUGGGAAGUUACCUAACGGCAAAAAACCUACGCUUACUUCUAAGGCAUCAACAAAUAGUUUAUAUGGCACCGACGUCGUGUCAGAAGACCAUAAGCAGUUAGUCGAAAGCAUAUCAAAGCAUAUCAUUUAUGAUUGCGCACAAUCAACGUCUGUGAUGUCAACGAACGCUCUAGCGUUCCUACUGUUAACCAAAUAUAGAGAAGGAGCGAGUAUAAAAGAACUAGUCAAAGCGAUGGACGAUCUGAGGAACGAUCUGAAUUAUGUAAGAAGAGACAUUGGUUUCAGCGGAGAUUCCAUAGAUGUCAUCAAUUAUGCCGUCGACAUGUUAGGUCCAGCCCUAGUCCAACGUCUCAAAGUGAACAACGAAGUGCUCCUCAAGCCCAUAGCAACCCUUCCAAACGUCAUCGAACUAACCUACUACAGCAACACCCUAGUCACUCACUUUGCCUUGGACUCCAUCGUCGCCGUAGCCAUUGAAGCGCUGGACAAGACCUCCGGCAACGUGGUGCACCAGGACCUCGUGGACAACGUCCUCGAGCUGUGCGACGUGUUCCAGUACGAGUUCCUGUUUUGUAAGCCAUGCCAGAGCCUCGAAGAGGUCGUGAUGGGGUGUAUCGAUGAUUUGGUGUAUAGGAAGCAGAUAUUUUUGGUGGUGAGUUACUAAAUUUGCUUUUCACUUCUAGUGAAGUGAUCUCAGAUUUAGACCUCGGAAUCCCCUUGCACUGGAUGUAUGUUUGUAAUUGUUAGUGGGACAGGUUUAAAAUAUCGUAUAUCAACCUAUUGAUUUUGACCGUGUUGAUCUUCAUUUUUUUAAAUGUUUUAUUAAUACUCGUUAUUUUAUAGCGCAUAAGCAUGAAUAGGGUUGUAGGUGGAUCCUGUAGCAAUAUCCCCUAUGGUCAAUUUAAUUCCUUUUUUAUACAUGUUCGUAGUUAACUCUUUUAUAAUUUGUGGGAAGCGCAGGCUCAACCUACUCGACGCCAUCUUUUCAGGAUAACAAUCCAGAGAACGAGCUGAACCUCCGUAGCAGACGGAUCGCCAGACAAUUCGACGACCAAGACGCUGAACAAGACGUCGAAGCGAUCCCCCAGAAGAUCUACAAAAUCAAUCCUAAUAAAGAAGCGGUAGACACGUUGAAGUACCUGCGAGUACCACUGAUGCCACUCAUAGAGUCGUACGCCAUCACGGCGUUCACCUUGGACAAGCUGGUUGGAAGGCAGUUGCUGGAGAACGAGCUAAUCGAUGACGUGCUGAACGAACUCAAGGCGCAACUGGCGCUUAAGACUGUCAAAUAUGACGAGAGUGUCUCCGUGGAUCCAGUGAAAAAUGCCUUGCGUCUCUUCCAAAAAUGGGGUAUUUUGGAAUGCCAUGCAGAGAGGAAACUGAGGUUGUACUACCUGGUAGAAUCACAAGACGAUUCUGAGUCUGUCAAGUCGAUAUACCAAAGGGUCAACAAAUUUAGGCAGUGAGUAGAUAUGUUUGUGACAUAAGAUUUUAAAUAAUUCAGCAAGUUAUUGUAAAACAUUCAGGCAUUUGUCUUACUCAAGACAGUAGUUAUCUAGAGUGAAAAUAUCAGAAAAUGCAAACUCAAAAGGGCAAUAUUAUUUUAAGGUUACCAUUCUGUUUUUUUUUUGUUUGAUCCAAAACAUGUCAACGAUUUUAUUUUGCAGCUUAAAUCAACUCCCAUUUUCAAGUGCCUUUUUUAUACAGAGUCAUUGUGUGAACUAUUGAAUUAUUGAGUGUGGUUGUAAUACUGUGAUAGCAAAGUUUAAUCACAAUUUAGUUACAUAUGUGUAAAAAAGUUGUAUAUAAGGAAUAAAUAAUUGUUUUUAUCUA